UUUCUAGCUCGGGGAUCAGCUCUGGCGUCACUUUCAGUAGCAGCCGCACGACGGAGACGACCGUCGCUUGAAAACGUUUUAAGCAGCUUUAAAGCUGCCCCUUUGUUUUUCCCAGUGCUGUGCUCGUGCAGGCGACCGGUAGCGCCCCCUCGCGAGCUAACAGAGAAGAGCUCGAGGAUAGGGAGCCAAGCGAGCGGCCGAGCCUCCUGCCUCCAGAGCGACGUGGGUCCCCCCAACUCAGUUGUCCGAUGCGGAGUGAGGAUGAGUCCCGCUCUGGAAGCCCUCAUGCAGGCGGACGGGACUCCUUAUCCCGGAAAGGGGGUGAUGCUUGAGCCCUUCGUGCACCAGGUGGGGGGGCACUCCUGUGUGCUCCGGUUUGGGGAGCAAACAAUAUGCAAGCCGCUCAUACCGCGCGAGCACCAGUUCUACAAGAGCCUUCCUCCAGAGAUGAGGAAGUUCACCCCUCAGUAUCGAGGUGUAGUGUCAGUCAGUUUCGAGGAAGAUGAGGAAGGGAACCUGUGCCUCAUCGCCUACCCCCUCCACAGUGAAUCUGGGGACCUGGAAAACAAAGACUCCUCCGCAGACUGUGAGCCCAAGAGCAAGAUGCUGAAGUUGAACAACAAGAAGCAGUCCUCGUUGCUUCUGGAGAACGACAACUACAGCAAAGACAGAGCACGAAACAGUCGUAAAAAAGACAAGAUCAUGAGUUAUAACCGUGAUGAGAUGCAGCAGCAGGCCGAGGAUCUCUACUUCAGCCUGGAAAAAGGCAACGUUGUGCCGCAGAUCAAACACAACCCCUGGAGUCUCAAAUGUCAUCAGCAGCACUUACAAAGGAUGAAGGAGAAUGCAAAGCACCGUAACCAAUACAAAUUUAUUCUCUUGGAGAACCUGACGUGGCGCUACACUGUACCGUGUGUCUUGGACUUGAAGAUGGGAACUCGCCAACAUGGAGAUGAUGCAUCAGAGGAGAAGAAAGCCAAUCAGAUUCGCAAGUGUCAACAGAGCACAUCUGCUUCCAUUGGAGUGCGACUUUGUGGCAUGCAGGUGUACCAGUCCGACUCAGGCCAGCUGAUGUUCAUGAAUAAGUACCACGGCCGUAAGUUGACCCUUGCCGGCUUCAAGGAGGCGCUCUAUCAGUUCUUCCACAACGGGUGUCGCCUCCGGCGAGAGCUGCUGUCCCCAGUGCUGCGCAGACUCCGGGAAAUGCAAGCCGCCUUGGAGGCCUGCGAGUCUUACCGCUUCUACUCCAGCUCCCUGCUCAUCAUCUAUGACGGAGACCUUCCUAGAACUCAUACGAGACCCAGACACCGUGGUGGGGAAGAAGGUGACGAUGAUGAGCCAUCCGACGAUGAUGAUGAAGAGGAGGAGGAAGGAGGGGCCUUUGGUUUCCCUCGAUCUUCCUCAGCAGGUGGCGGUGCCGGUGUGGCCGGAGGGAGCGGCAACAGUGGCAGCAGUCGCUCCUCCCACAGCACAGGAGAGGCCAGCGGCCCGGCGGUCGACGUGCGCAUGAUUGACUUUGCUCACACAACCUGUCGGCACUAUGGGGAGGACAGCGUGGUGCACGAAGGCCAGGACAGUGGUUUCAUUUUCGGCCUCCAGAACCUGAUCACCAUUAUCUCCGAGUUGGAGGAUCACAGUACUGAUUGAGGCUGGACUGAGUCCGACACGGUCUAAAUUUCCAGCAUGGGAAGAGCUCGAUGGUCUGAAACCCUGCGACUCCAGGGUCUGACACUUCUCUGCUUGGAGGGAACCUCAGACACCGCUGGGUGAGGGGAGAGUCUGUGGCUGUUCCCGCGCUCUCCCUGACAGAGGACAGGGCGUCCUGUGCCCUUACUUGCACUUUUCUCUUUCUGGGACUGCUCUCCUCUGGUACAGACGAGUUUCUUCAUUGUUGAGUUCUCUCUGAGAGAGAAGAGGGAUAAUUGAACCUCAAGUGUAGUUCUAGGAGCCUGACGUGGUGCUUUACCUGUGAUAUGACAUCCAUUUCUUUCUUUUUUUUGGAGGGGGGGGGGUGAAUUUUGGACUGCCGAUCCUAAACAGCACAUUACUUGUGGGGAAGUUGACCUUGGCUGGCUAGGUCUGUACCUUUUUUGUAGCAAUUGAAAACGUAAAAACAUUUUCGGUUAUUAUUGGUGUCUCUUUAGACCCUUGCAACAAACAUGGUUUUUAUGUCCACCAGGAACUCGUAUUUACACUUUUUGGUGGAAGAACAAGAUUAUUUUGGUCUUGAAGAAGGGAUUUUCCUUUUUUCAACAGUUGCUCUCCUCUGUACUUUUUUUUGCCUAUAUACAAAAUGCUUUUUGAGGAGGUAAUAUCCUUGUUUUGUCACUGUCCUUGUUUGUCUGAUUUCUCUUCAUUCCUGAAACUUUGACUUAACAGAAUUUAUUGAUUUUAAAAACACUAGCUAAAAAGACUAUAUAAAGAUUAUUUAUUUGAAAGGAUUGUUUUUAAAAAAAAUGGAAACUGCUACAUUCCAUACCACUCUUAUCUGUUCUGAUACCAACUUUGAUUUAUUUUAUUAUUGCAAGAGACAAUGGUUCUCUUGUUUACCUGUGUGUUAACAGUGUCUUGAAGAAUAAAGGCAUUCAUUUGUUGUAAAAACUA